AUAAAGAACAAAUUGCCUGACGAACUUCAUUUUGGCUUUCGCCUUGCAGCUGUGAGUGUCUAAUUCAGCAAAUUUUGCAAAAAAGAAAAAAUUAAACGCUAUCUAACACUAUGGAUUUCUAUUACUUACCCGGUUCCGCACCAUGCCGUUCAGUACUCUUGACUGCCAAGAAUCUCGGCAUCGAAUUGAAUAAGAAGUUAUUGAAUUUGAUGGCUGGUGAGCAUUUGACACCAGAGUUCAUUAAGAUUAAUCCGCAGCACACUAUUCCCACCUUGGUGGACGAUGGCUUCGCUUUGUGGGAAUCUCGUGCCAUUCUUGUGUACUUGGUCGAGAAAUACGGCAAGGACGAUGCCUUGUUCCCUAAGUGCCCCAAGAAGCAAGCUGUCGUUAAUCAGCGCUUAUACUUCGACAUGGGUACGCUAUACAAGUCUCUCGCCGACUACUACUACCCACAAAUUUUCGCGAAGCAACCUGCUGAUCCAGAGCUGUACAAGAAGAUUGAAGCCGCUUUCGACUUCCUGAAUACUUUCCUAGAGGGUAACAACUACGUGGCUGGCGACCAAUUGACCGUGGCAGAUUUGGCUAUUUUAGCUUCAGUAUCAACCUUCGAUGUUUUAAAAUUCGACUUCAGCAAGUAUGCCAAUGUUGCCAGAUGGUACGAAAAUGCUAAGAAAAUUCCAGGCUGGGAAGACAACUGGGAAGGUUGCUUGGAAUUCAAGAAAUUCCUGGACUAAAUGCUCCAGAAAAGCUGAUUGUCAAUGCUGUUAUUGUAUGGAAUUUACGUUUUGUGUAAAAUAUAUUUUGAGUGAUUUUUGCACAUCUGUAUGUAUGUUUGUAAUAAAUAUUUAAUUGAAAAAAAUGAA